AUGCAGGAGCUCGACUACGACAACUCUGGCCCGAGAGGCUUCAUCGCCUUCCUCCUGCGCGGCUGCCUGGGAUACUUCUUGAUGUUUGGAAAGAUCGUGACAUUCUUGGUGUUCUGUUGCCCCGACGUGGUGACAUUCAUAACACCUCUUGGCCGGCACACCAUCUUCCCCUACCUCUUGCACUAUCCCGCCGUGCCCUUGUACCGGAACUUCAUGCAUCAAGCGCUGAGCUUCAGUCCAGGCGGCUAUGCAGCGCAGGCGCAUCUGUGGGUCGUCGCGCUCCUUCUGAGCAUCCUGGUUGUGAGCGUCUUGGCAUCGACGCCCACGCGAGCCCUCUUCGGAUGCCUGCUGCUGCCAUUCCGCCGACCAGACUCCGAAUUCGAGCCAGCGCUACUCAUGCCAUUAUGGGCACAUGCUCGGCUCCCCUGCCCUCAACAGUAG